UUUUUAAAUGUUUAGUAAGCCUGUAACAAAAGACGAAAUAUUAAUUUAAUUACUUUGGAUCGGCCAGACAACAGAACAGCCUCCCUGCAUUAAAAAGCUGGGUUAUUGUAUUUUUUUAAAGCAUUAGUUUCCUGGCUGUGCUGGUUGGUUCCAACAUGUCGGGGAUGCAGCAGCUCAGGCUCCUGGUUAGCGAGCGGCUAACGGUGGCUGCAGAAGAGAUCUUCGGGCUCUUUGAGAAAACAAUAACGGAGUACCAGGAAGAGGCGGUCCGCUCCAAGAGAGAAAUCAUCCAGCUGAGACAGCAGAUCGAGCAGCUGACCGUCUUACAGCCCCGAGUGUCUUUGUUCAAAGAAGCAUCAGGGACCCGAAGCACGCCUCCAGCUGAAGGACAAAAUGAAAGCGGGGACCAUCGGCAGGUUAAAGAGGAGCAGCUGGAUGUCUGCAUCAUCCCAGACCUGGACACUGACUCCUCAGACAAUGUAAAAGAUUCAGCGUAUGAAUCAGAAGAAGCCCUUCAAAGUGACCCCCAUCUAUUACCGAGUGUCAGCUCCAUUACCGUGACACUAAACAGCAGAGAUAAUAGCGAAUGGAUCAGGCAGAUUGGAACAAACUCAUUACAUUGCGGUCCGAGUCCUGGCCAUGUUCCAUUAAUGCAGCUGGAACACGUCCUGGAUAGUAAGUCCUGCCGUCUGUGUGGCAUGUCCUUCAUCAGGGACUGCGACCUGAUCAGGCAUGUGGACGAGUCCCACCAGGGGCAAAAGGCCUUCAAAUGCUUCGAAUGUCACAAGGAGUUCGCCCGGAAAGAUAGUCUGACUUUGCAUUUGAGGGUUCACACGGGCGAGAAGCCGCAUAGGUGCCCCUUCUGCGAGAAAACCUUCACCCAGACUUCAAACCUCAGGGUCCACAUGAGGAAACACACAGGCGAGAAGCCGUACUACUGCAGCUCAUGUGGCAAAAUGGUGGCACACUCCUACCACCUGAAAACAUGCUUCAGACGAUCCACAGCGUCGACGGACAUCCAUGGGAGGAGGUCUUUAAACUGACUCUAUAACCUCUGAAUGAAUAAGCUGAAAGCCAUGAAACCACAUCGUCUUUGUUGAGCCAUAAUCCAUAAUAUUACCGUAGUUACUUCUGCAGAGCCCCCUCCCCCAAGACAGUGUUACAAGGCAAGCAUAUGGUCCUACCCCCCAUAGUGUUUGAGGACAGAAAAAAAACCAAACUCAGAGGAUUCCCUUCUACUUCUGUGAAGCUUUCCUGGGGUUCACAUCAGAGAUGAAGUCAUCAUGGAAGCCACCAUUAUAGCUUAUGUCCAGUUAAGUCAUGAUGGCCGAUAUCAGAACCAAAUUGCUGCAAAACAGACUGUUUGCAACAUUUCUCUUUGAGUUUCAGGAACUUCCAGAUGCUUGAAGAGAUGAAGAGAGUGGAGGAGCAGAGCUUCUUUUGAUGUGUGAGUGGUUGCAACAAAAAACUCCCUUGCUUUGGUCCUACCAUGCUAAGCUGCUCAUCUUUAACUCACUAAAGAAUGCUAAUAUAUAUCUUAAAAAUUUUUUAUGACUUUUUCUGAGACAAUGUUGAUGCUUUUUACAUUUUCUCCAUUAAACUGCUUGUCUGAGGUCAUCAUCAAACAUGCUAAGAGCAGUCUUCAAAACAUGAUUAAACCAUGUUUAUUUGCA